AUGUUGAUAGACGGCGAGAAGUACGCCUGCGAGGCAUGCGUGCGCGGCCACCGGGUGAGCAAUUGUCAGCAUUCUGACCGGCCGCUUCAGCACAUCAACAAAAAGGGACGGCCUGUAUCACAAUGCCAGCAUUGCCGCACCAUGCGCAAGUCGCGCUCCGCCCAUGUCAAGUGCGACUGUGGCGAGAAGACCACCAAGUGCGCGCACUUGCAGCAACCUCUUGAGGGACACAAGGAGACCUGUUGCUGCAACCACGGCGGUCGCUGCACAUGUUCCUUGAAGAAGGAGCUUGGCUUGGACACCGUCCCCGAGUCCGAUUCCGAUCACGACACCCAGAGCAUCUCUGGCGCCUCGAAGCCCAAGGCUGGGGUCAGACGACGCCGAGCGAACACAGUCCACUCCGACGCCGGUCUCGCCUUUGACCAAAAUGGCCACCACAAGCCCGUGGCCAAGCACAACCGAGCCGCUCAGAAGUGCGGUCCCUACCAGCUGAACCGCGUCAACUCCGCCACCAGCGCCAGCAGCCUCAGCGCAAGCGCAGAGAGCAUGCUCUACCAGCCUGGUGACCAGCCGCUCGGCGGGCGCUCCAGGCCUGCCGUUGCGUCUCACGAACAGCGGCGAGUCAAGUCUGAGACUGCCUCUCCCCUCAUGAGCGGAUCCAGCUUUCCGCAGCUAAACGGCACGCUCCCGCCGCUUGACCUUUCGCGCAUCGACUAUCCCUCCUACAUCGGCAGCAACAAUUUCGAGAUGUUCAGCUCGGGCCUCCCAUCGGAGCAGGAAGGACCCAUGUAUAGCGCCGGCCUCAGCGCGGCGUCGGUGGACUGGAGCCAUUACGAUCUUGGCGAGGCCAAGGGUGACUUUGCGCCGUCUAGCUAUAGCCAGGCUGGUGCGCAAAGUUUCAACGGACUCUUCGACUUUGGCAGCGGCUCCGAGCAGCUCCCGCGCCUAGCCAAUACCACCUCAACAUCCGGCGAGGUGUCGGAGGUCGAAGAUUUCAUGGGCAACGGCGAAGGCGACUUGGAUGGCUUUGCGACUGGCGGCAACACCUUUCUCCGGCAAGGCAACGCCGUUGGAGGCUCGGCGGACUUGAGCAGCAUCGAUUACGACAGCUUCUACAACAAAAAUUCGGAAACUGCCAACAUUGGCGUCGGCGCUAUCUCCAUGGUCGAAGAAGACGCCGCCUUCUGGGUGCCCAACUACAACGACAGCAUCACGGCCGUGGAUGAGAGCCCGGAUGCCCUCACCGCUUCCUCAAUGGGCACAACAUUUUGGGAAAUGUGA